AUGAGCAUGAGCACCAUCGCCAUGGAAAAUUCAUUCAUUCCACAGCCCCCAAACAACAACACGGUACCCUGUGAUGAUGACGAUUUUCUCCUGAGCAGGACACCACAAAUUCUGAACAAUUUUGAACCGCAAGUCCCCCAAUCCUUUAGCAUGAGACAGUUACUCGGGUCCAAAGCAGAAUGGUGCUAUGCUGCCGCCGACUUGUUUGAUCUGAAACACUCGACUGCUGAGAUUGCCGUCACCCUUCUCAGCCGUUACAUGAUGAAUGUCAUGAUGACGAGGAGGACCAACGACCAAUGCCAAGUAAACAGUCCCGACCAAGAAUUGCCCUCGGAUCAAGUCUGUCAUUGCUCUGGAGCCGCAUCUUUAAUUAUUGCAAUGCGAGUCAACAAUGAAACAAGAAGUUCCUUGUCACUUGAGGAUCUCCUCCGAAUGACGGAAUACCGAUGCACCGAAGAAGAGAUUCUCCAAACUGAGCGGAACAUACUACAAGUUUUGGAUCAUUGCAUUCAAUCGCCGACCACCGAAAUGUUUGCCACUCACUUCGUCAAGUUCUUGGAGCUGAAAUACAACAUUUCCUUGCGGCACUUCCGACAAACGACGCUGCAACCAUUGUUGCGAGUGUCCAUCCAACAUUUGCUCUUUUUGGAGUUUCCGACCGAGUUUGUAGCACUGGCAGUCGUUCUAUUGGCAUUGGAUCUAUAUUGCGAUACGUCCGAAAAAGAAAGAUUGUACCUUGGCCUGUACGCAGCGGCUGGAGUCACAAAGGGCUCGGCAAAGGACCAUGCUGUUAGGGCGCUCUCGGAUGAGCUUCUUGAGAUUUACCACAAAUCUUUGACACCAUAUUAG